CGCAUGCGCAGUAUAGCCCAAGGAAGUAUUCGCGGCGUGUUUGUCUGUUUUCCGCUAACUUAUUACAGACACCAUGAAAACCAGAUUUAAUACGGUGGACAUAAGGGCUGUCAUUGCUGAAAUUAAUGCCACCUUUAUUGGCAUGAGAGUAUACAAUGUCUAUGAUAUCGAUAACAAGACCUAUCUUAUUCGGCUACAAAAGCCCGAAUCGAAAGCCGUGCUCCUAUUGGAGUCGGGCAUCCGCAUUCACUCCACGGAGUAUGACUGGCCGAAGAACCUCAUGCCUUCCGGAUUUGCCAUGAAGUGCAGGAAGCACUUGAAAUCUCGCCGACUGGUUUCCAUGAAGCAACUGGGAAUAGACAGGAUAGUCGACAUGCAGUUUGGAUCAGAUGAAGCAGCUUACCAUUUAAUAGUGGAGCUGUAUGACCGGGGGAACAUUGUGUUGACGGACCAUGAGUACACCAUCCUUAACCUUUUGCGAGUACGGACGGCAGAGGCGGAGGACGUGAAGAUCGCGGUGAGGGAGAGGUAUCCUCUUGAAAGUGCCAGGCUCCCUGAACCCCUCGUCAGCCUGGAGAGGCUCACAGAGAUGCUGUCUUCUGGGCCCAAGGGUGAGCAGGUGAAAAGGAUCCUCAAUCCGCACUUCUCGUAUGGGGCUUCCCUGAUUGAACACUGCCUGAUGGAGGUUGGCAUCUCUGGCUUUAUGAAAGCCGACGACCAGUUCAGCGUCGCACAAGAUGUUCCCAAGAUCCUGGAAGCUUUACGGAAGGCUGAAGAGUAUAUGGAAAAAUCUGCCAACUUCUCUGGAAAAGGAUACAUCAUCCAGAAAUCUGAGAAGAAACCAAGUUUAGAUCCAGACAAGCCGACAGAAGAGCUACUAACGUACGAGGAAUUCCAUCCAUUCUUGUUUGCCCAGCAUGCAAAUACCCACUACGUGGAGUUUGUUUCCUUUGACAAGGCAGUGGAUGAGUUCUUCUCAAAGAUGGAGAGCCAGAAGAUGGAUAUGAAGGCUUUGCAGCAGGAGAAACAGGCCAUGAAGAAGCUAGAUAAUGUCAGGAAGGACCAUGAACAGCGACUGGGGGCCCUGCAGCAAGCACAGGAAUUGGACAGGCUGAAAGGCGAGCUGGUGGAGAUGAACCUGCCCAUAGUGGAGCGUGCUCUGCAGGUGGUCCAGAGUGCCCUGGCCAACCAGGUGGACUGGACAGAGAUCGGGCUUAUCGUGAAGGAGGCCCAGGCAGCUGGAGACCCUGUGGCCUGUGCCAUAAAGGAGCUAAAGCUCCAGACCAAUCACAUCACCAUGCUACUGCGGAAUCCAUACAUUGAUUCAGAGGAAGAGGACAGGGUGGACGUGGGGGAGAUGGAGGAGGCCGAAGGACAAAAGAGCAAAAAGAAGAAGAAGAGUAAAAUCCAGAAGAACAAGGUCCAGCAGAACAAGGCCAUGAUGGUGGAUGUGGACCUCAGUCUGUCUGCCUACGCCAAUGCCAAAAAGUAUUAUGACCAUAAACGAAACGCUGCCAAGAAGGAACAGAAAACGGUGGAGGCUGCAGAGAAGGCCUUCAAAUCUGCAGAGAAGAAAACCAAACAGACGCUGAAGGAGGUCCAGACAGUCGUCACCAUCCAGAAAGCCAGGAAAAUCUACUGGUUUGAAAAGUUCCUGUGGUUUAUCAGCUCGGAGAAUUACCUCAUCAUUGCAGGACGGGACCAGCAGCAAAAUGAGAUGAUCGUUAAACGCUACCUGAAGACAGGUGACAUUUAUGUGCACGCAGACCUUCACGGGGCUACCAGCUGCGUCAUCAAGAACCCAACGGGGGAGCCUGUUCCGCCACGGACCCUGACGGAGGCAGGGACCAUGGCUGUGUGCUACAGCGCAGCCUGGGAUGCUAAGGUCAUUACCAGCGCCUGGUGGGUGCACCAUAACCAGGUUUCCAAGACGGCUCCUACGGGGGAGUACCUGAGCACUGGAAGCUUCAUGAUCCGAGGGAAGAAGAACUUUCUGCCACCUUCAUAUCUCAUGAUGGGCUUCGCCUUCCUGUUCAAGGUGGAUGAGCAGUGUGUGUGGAGACACAAGGGGGAGAGGAAAGUGAAGACCCUGGCUGAGGAUAUGGAGUCAGUGACCAGCAGCACUGCAGAGCUUCUGGCUGAAGGGGAGGAAAUCACAGGGGAUGACAGUGCCAAUGAGUGUGAUGGGGAAGAGGGGGAGAAGGAAGGAGAGAGGGAGGUAAAGAUGGAGGAUGUGGGCGCUGAAGACGAGGGGCAGAAUGGGAAUGAGGAGGACGACUCCAUAGAGCUGGAAGACUUGGAUGAGGAGGCCAAGGAGGACGAGGAGGGUGAGCAGCAGUUGGCAUUGGAGGAGGAAGAGCAGAGCAGCGAGGAAGAGGGACAGGGUGGUGACGCACAGGUGGAGACUGAAGAGAUCAGCUUUCCUGAUACCACCAUUCCUUUGCCCCACUUACUACCAAACAGGACAUUUCAAGGCACACCUACGGCGUUCAAAGCUGAGUCAGUGACUCAGCCAGAGGGAGAAGCACAAGGAAGAAAACACCUGACGGCUAAGCAGAGGAGGGAAAUGAAGAAAAAGAAGCAAAAACAGGAUGGCGAUGAGGAUCAGGAGGGGGUCGAUACCAAGAGUGAGGAGGCGUGUCCUGCCGCAGCCAAUCUGGGCAAGCCGACUGCCGGCAAGGGCGGAGCAUCUCAGCAGCCCUUGAAGAGAGGUCAAAAGAAUAAAAUGAAGAAGAUCAAAGACAAGUACAAAGACCAGGAUGAGGAAGACAGGGAACUGAUGAUGAAGCUGCUGGGAUCGGCCGGAUCAAACAAGGAGGAGAAGGGGAAGAAGGGGAAGAAGGGAAGGGGGAAAGAGGAGUUCAGCCGGAAGGAGAAACUGCCGCAGAAACCCCGGCCACAGGGGGGAGUCACGAAGAAACCAGAGUCCCGGGAAGGGGACGAGGACAGCCGGGCGGGGGAGCAGGAUGACAAGGACGCCGACGAUGCAGAUCAGGAGAAUCCAGGCGCUGAGGAUGCAGCGAACCUGCUGGACUCUCUGAGUGGUCAGCCACACCCAGAAGACGUGCUGCUGUUCGCCGUGCCCGUCUGUGCCCCAUACACAGCCCUCACUAACUACAAGCACAAGGUGAAGCUGACUCCUGGCACGCAGAAGAAAGGGAAAGCGGCCCAGGCGUCACUGUCGAGCUUCAUGCGUGCAAGGGAGACCACGGCCCGGGAAAAGGACCUCCUCCGCAGUGUUAAGGAUUCGGAGCUGUCUAGGAACAUGCCAGGCAAAGUGAAGGUUUCUGCACCCAACCUGCUUGUGAAGAGGAAAUGAGACUCACUCAAAGUAUUGUGUGAUUUUUUUUUGUACAUAAAUUGUUUAAUCGACUGAAAUGU